AUGCCCAUCCAGAUCUUCUGCUCCGUGUCAUUCUCCUCUGGAGAGGAGGCCCCUGGGCCCUUGGGAGAUGUAUGGGGUCCCUGUCAGCGCCAACAGCGGGACAGCUCAGACUCAGAAGAGGAGGAAGAAGAGAAGGAAAAGGAGGCAGAGAGGAAGGAGGCCAGAGCGGGGGACUCACCGAUGGACCUGGUGGCCUUCGCCAACCGCUGUACCCUCCACGGCGCCAACCACAUCUUCGUGGAGGGGGGUCCUGGGCCGCGGCAGGCCCUGUGGGCAGUGGCCUUUGUCCUGGCACUGGGCGCCUUCCUGUGCCAGGUAGGGGAUCGAGUUGCCUAUUACCUCAGCUACCCACAUGUGACUCUGCUAGACGAAGUGGCCACCACGGAGCUGGCCUUCCCGGCGGUCACCCUCUGCAACACCAAUGCCGUGAGGCUGUCCCAGCUCAGCUACCCCGACCUGCUGUACCUGGCCCCCAUGCUGGGGCUGGACGAAAGCGACGACCCGGGGGUGCCGCUCGCACCCCCAGGGCCCGAGGCCUUCUCGGGGGAGCCCUUUAACCUGCACCGCUUCUACAAUCGCUCCUGUCACCGGCUGGAAGACAUGCUGCUCUACUGCUCCUACUGCGGGGGGCCCUGUGGCCCUCACAACUUCUCGGUGGUCUUCACUCGGUAUGGAAAGUGCUACACGUUCAACUCUGGCCGAGAUGGGCGCCCGCGGCUGAAGACCAUGAAGGGUGGGACGGGCAACGGGCUGGAGAUCAUGCUGGACAUUCAGCAGGAUGAGUACCUGCCCGUGUGGGGGGAAACCGAUGAGACGUCCUUCGAAGCAGGCAUCAAAGUGCAGAUCCACAGUCAGGAUGAACCUCCCUUCAUCGACCAGCUGGGCUUUGGCGUAGCCCCAGGGUUCCAGACCUUUGUGGCCUGCCAAGAGCAGCGGCUCAUCUACCUGCCCCCGCCCUGGGGCACCUGCAAAGCUGUUACCAUGGACUUGGAUUUCUUCGACUCCUACAGCAUUACGGCCUGCCGCAUCGACUGUGAGACACGCUACCUGGUGGAGAACUGUAACUGCCGCAUGGUGCACAUGCCAGGGGACGCCCCAUACUGCACUCCAGAGCAAUACAAGGAGUGUGCAGAUCCUGCUCUGGACUUCCUGGUGGAGAAGGACCAGGAGUACUGUGUGUGUGAAAUGCCCUGCAACCUGACCCGCUAUGGCAAGGAGCUGUCCAUGGUCAAGAUCCCCAGCAAAGCAUCAGCCAAAUACUUGGCCAAGAAGUUCAACAAGUCUGAGCAGUACAUAGGGGAGAACAUCCUGGUGCUGGACAUUUUCUUUGAAGUCCUCAACUAUGAGACCAUCGAGCAGAAGAAGGCCUACGAGAUUGCAGGGCUCCUGGGUGACAUUGGAGGCCAAAUGGGGCUGUUCAUCGGGGCCAGCAUCCUCACUGUGCUGGAACUCUUUGACUACGCCUAUGAGGUCAUAAAACACAAGCUGUGCAGAAGAGGGAAGUGCCAGAAGGAGGCCAAAAGGAGCAGCGCGGACAAGGGCGUGGCCCUCAGCCUGGAUGACGUCAAAAGACACAACCCGUGCGAGAGCCUCCGGGGCCAUCCUGCCGGGAUGACGUAUGCGGCCAACAUCCUACCUCACCAUCCGGCCCGAGGCACUUUUGAGGACUUUACCUGCUGAGCCCCGAAGGCCACUGUACCAAAGGCCUAGAUGGGGAGGGCUAGGAGAGCAAAGGGGCCCCCAGCUGCCCCCCACAUCUGCCCUGGGGACUCACUCCCCUCUCCCAAGGCAUCCCCCCACUCCUGGGCGGUCCUUUCCUCUUGAAUGUGGUGAGGAAGGAGUCUCGAACCAGAGUCCUCUCCCUGCCUCCAUCCCUUUCCUUUUCUUUCUUUCUUUUUUUUUUUAACAAAA